GCCAGGAGCAAGAGAACGUGUGGACUCAGGUUCUGCUGUGUUUUUGCAGAUACAAGCGCAGCUUCACGCAGAGGCGCUGCUGGGCCGUGGUGGGAGCGUGCUGGCUGCUCGCCUUUGCGUUCAGUUUCACGCCCAUGUUCGGCUGGUACAACCACCAGACCCUGGCCAAGAUGGUGGUGGAGAACUUCACCGCCAUCGUCUGCACGUUCGUGUCCGUCAUCCCCAUGACUUACCUGGUCUACUUCCAGUUCUUCGGGUGCACGCUGCUCCCCCUGCUGGUGAUGUGUGCCCUCUACGUCCACGUCUUCCGCUCCAUCUCCAAGCGACUGCAGAGGAGCCAGGCCCCGGGUGCCGAACCCCACGUGUACUACGCCAAAGAGCGGAAGCUGGCCAAGUCCCUGCUGCUGGUCGUGGUCCUCUUCGCCGUCGGCUUGUUGCCGCUGAGCCUCAUGAACUGCGUUGCGUUCUUUGGAGGCGACGUCUCUCAGGACAUCAUCUACGUCGGGAUCCUCCUCAUGCACGCCAACUCUGCCGUCAAUCCGGUCGUGUACGCCUUCAAGGUGCCGAAGAUCCGCAGUGCGUACCUGCGGGCCUGGAGGAAGUGCGCCCUCUGCUGGCAGCAGGGGGUAUCGCAGAGCCCCGACAGCAUGGACUUCAGGACCAGAAGCAAAUCCAUCGAAGACCUGACCAAGGAACGAGAUUAUUCUGAAAGUAGUCGACACACAGUCUAACUGUGUGCCCAUAUUACCAUCAAUAAGCCAUUCUGCUUACUGUUAAUCAGCACCAUUUUAAAACAUCGGGUGGGAUUCAAUCGACAUUUGUCCUUAACUUUGACUAACAAAAUCAAGAAUUAUCAUCAAUAAUUUUUGGCUGGGCCAGCCCUACAAACGCGAAUGUCUGUGACUGAGUGAGUGACUGAGUGAGUGAUGAAGUUACACCAUUGGUUAGCCAAGUUAUGAUGUCACACCAUUGGUCGGCCGGUCCAUCUAUUUUGACCUGGUCUUGAAUACUUUGUCGAGUUCAGGAAUCUCUGAAAUCUCUUACUUGCCAAACUAUAUUUGCAAAGAAAAUUUCCAACAUUUGCAAUUCCUUGUGAGUCAAAGUUAAAUCGA